CCCCCUCCCCCUCCCCCUCUCCCUCCCCCAACUUUCUCUCUCUCCCCCAUGGACUUGCCGAGCAGAUGCACGCCUUCUGCUCACCGCUCUGGGCUCGCCAAGUGAACAGAAGCUGCGAGCUUAGCUGCUUUAAUCAAGCUAGCUAGUUGUGUAGCACCGGCUAGUUGCUGAGCAUGGAGAGGGCGCCGGUACUGGUGAGGAACGCCGUCGUGGUGGAGGCGCUGAGGCAGCUGCCGCCGGGGUUCCGGUUCAGGCCGACGGACGAGGAGCUGGUGUUGCAGUACCUCCGCCGCAAGGCCUUCGGUGCCCCGCUCCCUGCUGCCAUCAUCCCCGUCGUCCAAGACCUCUAUGGCCUCGACCCCUGGGACAUCCCUGGUGGAAGCGAGGGGGAGAGGUAUUUCUUCGCGGUCCGGCCGGCGGGCGGCGGUGGAUGCGCCAAGAGCGGCGCCGGCAGCAGGUGCAGCAGGGCGACCGCGAGCGGGCGGUGGGAGCCGGCGGGGAAGGAGAAGCCGGUGCUCCUGUCCCGCCCGUGCGGCGGGAGCCUCCUCGUCGGCGUCAGGAGGGCGAUGGCGUUCGCGCCCCGGGCGAAGAAAAAGGCGUCGCCGGCGUCCCUGACGACCGGCUGGGUCAUGCACGAGUACCGCCUCGCCGCGCCGCUACACAAGAACGGCUGCAGCUUGGCUCAGGCUGAAGGAGAGUGGGUCGUGUGCCGGAUCUUUCGGAGGAGCAGGCCGAGGAGGCGAGCGCCAGCCACCGCGCAACGCGCGAUGAUGCCGCCGCCGUCGCCUUCGUCGUCUGCCAGCUGCGUCACAGAUGGUUCGGACCAGGAGGAGGUCAGCAGCCGCUAGCGCCCACAGCCACAAGCGUGCGAAGAAGCUGCUGGCUGCCUAUCCAAGAGAGGCUGAAUUAGCCUAGCCUUAGGCGACCAGGAAACGAAAAUGAUGUCCUUGCUUGCUUCCAAAUUUGUUUUUCACCACUUUUUUGUUCUUCUCCGUGUAAUGUAAUGCAGUGUAAUCUAGCAAGAGAAGCGAAGCACCGGAUUAAUAACUUAACAAACAAGUUCAGGUUAAUGAAACUUCUACUAGAUGUUUCCACAAGCCAAAUUUGAUGUACGGAGUACGUAUGUAGCAGCUGCAGAAAUGACUUCUGCAUGCAUGGUCAAAUUGUCAAAUUUGUAACUUGCAAGCUUGUCCGUAAUCACUUUGUAAUAUUUUUUUCAAGGAACAGAAAUCUGAACGAAGCCGUAACAGCAAUUGCUUCA